AGGGAGAGAGAUAGAAAGGAAUUUCGUGACUCAAUAUAAAAUAAACCCAAUUGGUUUGGUUUUUAGAGGAGACCGCAUAGCUUAGCUCUCAACCCAGGAAUAUGAUUAAACUAUUUAAAGUAAAGGAAAAGCAAAGAGAACUUGCAGAAAAUACCAGUAAUGGAGUACCUGUCAAGAAGCAAAGUGCUGGCGAGUUGCGUCUUCACAAAGAUAUCAGUGAGCUGAAUCUACCAAAAUCUUGUACCAUGCAAUUCCCCAAUGGCAAAGAUGACCUCAUGAACUUCGAAGUUUUAAUUCGACCUGAUGAUGGAUAUUACCUAGGUGGCACUUUUUUGUUUUCCUUCCAUGUGUCUCCCAUCUAUCCACAUGAAGCACCCAAGGUGAAGUGCAAGACAAAGGUCUACCAUCCAAAUAUUGAUUUGGAAGGGAACGUCUGUCUCAACAUCUUAAGAGAAGACUGGAAACCUGUCCUGAAUAUAAACACUGUUAUCUAUGGCUUGUAUCAUCUCUUUACGGAGCCAAAUUACGAGGAUCCCCUGAAUCAUGAUGCAGCUGCCGUGUUGAGAGAUAACCCAAAGAUGUUUGAAUCUAAUGUGAGGAGGGCAAUGUCUGGUGGGUAUGUGGGGCAAACCUUUUUCCCACGCUGUAUGUAAACCAUGCUCAACAACUUCCAAGCCCUGUUUGAAAUAUAAUCAAUGCUUUGAUGGCCCCUGGUUUGUAAAAUUUAUUUAUCAAAAUUGCAUUUUACUUUCGUCAGUAUGUUAUUUUUCUGGGUGGAGGGAGCAUCAAGUUCCUUAGACCACCAAACGCAUCUAAAAGCCAAACAAGUGGAGGAAUGUUGAAUGUAUCUUUUGUGCAAUGUUGACGUACUAUUCUAAACAAUCAAAAAUGGGUUCAGCGGUCAA